AUGGCAGCCUCGGCCGCCACCAUGCCCUCAUCACGCCAACAUUCCGAGCCGGACCGCGACCACCACUCCCGGGCCACCUCGGACUUCAACACGGUCAGACCUUCGCACUCCGGACAGCACCCUUCUGCAACCGGGUAUCGCGCAGCAGCAGCAGGUACUAUAAGUAGCGUCUUUGCCUCGAUCUGGGGCUCCUACCAUCAGCCUCCAUCUCAACAACAGCAACAGCAAGAACAGCAACAGCGAGAAAGCGGUCCCUCCCGUCUUCAGCCUCCCACUCUUCACGAAUCCUCCCGUCCCUCCGUUCCAGGCGGUUGGGGCAACCUUCUCAGCUGGGGACCUUCUGCUGGCCGUCAAAAGACCACUACGCUGCGCAAGUCGUCUACACCAUCAGCAGCAUCGCCUGUCAAAGGUGGACGUUCGAGGGGCGCCAUCCCGUUCAGCAUCUCUGCGCCACUGGAAGCAGGCAACACGGAAAAGGUCGAAGCUGACACCAGGCGCGCGACCCAACGACCUCAGACGCGAGCAGACACGAUCGUCAGCCAGACCUUGUCUCCAACCAGCUCUCCUCGUCGCAAACCGCUGGCUGGCAUCUUCGAAGACUCGUCCUCGUCGCCGCCGCGCACUCCAAACCCGAGAUCACCCACCUCUCCCAGCAGUCGAUUCCAGGAUCUGCCCCCCUCGUCGCCAUCCUUCGACGACGACUCACCCAGUGGAGCCUACGCAACGCUCUCGCGCCUCCAAUCCAAACCCUCGCUCAGCACCCUCCGCUCCGGCUCCAGCUCGAACUUCCUCUUCUCUUCCGCACCCACCGAACCCGUCCACCGCACCGACAUGCCGGUCGCCACCACCCUGCGCAACGCCACCACCUGGCACGAAACCCUCUCCAAGGCCUCCAAGCUCGACGCCCACGUGCGGCGAAUCAUCUUUCAAGCCGGCCUCGAUUACGAGACGCGUCCGAUGGUGGUCCUCGCCUCGUGUUUCCUGCCCGAUCCACGCGAGGUGGACUACGACGCGCUCCUCGACCGAAUCAUGGACGCCCUCGAUCUGUUCGUGGAGAACGACUACACGGUCAUCUACUUUGCCAGCGGUGGACAGCAUAAACCGGGCUGGAGCUGGAUCUGGCGUGCCUAUCGGCGACUCGAUCGUCGAUUCCGCAAGAAUCUCAAGAAGCUCUACAUUGUUCAUCCGACGUUCUUCACUCGAUCGUUGCUGCAAUUCGUUCAUACGGGGGCGUACUUUAUCAGUCCCAAGUUUUCCAAAAAAGUGGAACAGCUGAAUACGCUUUCAAGCCUGGCGCAGUACGUGCCGAUUACGCAGAUCGAUAUCCCGCCCGAGGUGCUGCAGUGGAACCUGCGCUUCGAAUCCUCCAUCAAUCUCUCCGACGCCACUCCGGCCGGCGGGGAUGAGAACAAGGUGUUUGGCAUCGACCUCCCCGUUUUGAUGGGAGAGUACGGGGAGAGCGGUGGAGUGCCUCGUGUCGUGCGUGACUGCGUCGAGGCGAUCCUUGGCGACUUUGAUGGCAUCCGUCCUGUUGAAGUUGAAGGCAUCUUUCGUCGAUCCCCCUCGUCGGCGUUGCUGAAAUCUGCAGAGGAGAGCUACGAUCGGGGUCAUCCGGUGAGUUUGGAGCAGUAUCGCGAUCCGCACAUCCCCGCAGUACUUCUAAAGGUCUUCCUGCGCAAAUUGCCGUCGCCGAUUUUUCCGGUGGGAGUGUAUGGGUUGAUUCGCGCCUGUCCGCCUCCGCCUCUGGAUGGCAAUGCGGAGCAGGCGAGGGAGACGAUCGAUUAUCUGCGCAACCGAUUGUUGCCGGCCAUCGAACCGGCUUGCAACGGCGUCUUGCUGAGUUACGUCCUCGAGGCGCUACACAAAGUAUCGCUCCACUCGGCAACGAAUCGCAUGGACGCAGCCAACCUCGCUACGGUCAUCGCGCCCAACCUGGUGUGCAGCGGAAACGCCAUGAAGGACAUGCUCAUCUGUCGUGUCGCCGGUAUCACCUCUAUGGCCAAUACCCCUUCUUCGUCGGUCCAAUCCUCGCCCUCCCCGCAUGCACGGAAAAGCUCGUUGAGUUCGGGGGACACGACGCUAGGCAGCAUCUUGCGCAUCUGCAUCGAGCGGUACUACGAGAUUUUUGACGAGCAACCUUUUGCUAUGCAGGUGAACAACGUGCAGAGUUUGGUGGAUCAUCAUCCGCACGUGUACCGUGGGUCAGCGGCGGGGGUGGACGGGUCGCCGAGCGUGCUGGUGCGGGACGAGGCGCGUGUGCGGGCGAGGGCGCAUCGACGUGGCGAAUCGAUCACGUCCGAGGUCUCGCAGGCUUCGCUCAAUACCAGUGGCGGGGUCGUCGGUCUUGGUGGGAGUGGCGGGAAUGGUGGUGGGGAGGACGAUGGGGAUGAUCGCAGUUCGCACGCAACCACAAACCGCAGUCUUGCUUCACGCGAUGCCUACCGUCCGACGCCCAACUUCCGCGGCGCCACGAUCGGACGCAACUCCUCCGGCUCGUUGCGGCUUACCAAGGGUCGUCUUGGAUCGAACGCAAACCUGCGCUCCAGCUUCACGCCGACCUCGUCGAAUCUCGCCACCUCCUCGGGGACCGAUACGGAAGGGUUGACGGCUCAGCUGAGCGGUGUGACGUUGACGGGGAUGACGGCGGUGGGGACGUUCAGUUCGCCGGGAGGGAGCAGGGUGAGGAGCUCGUCCGUGGAGGGCGGGGAGGGGUCGGUGCCUGUUUCGCCGCUGUUGCGCACGGCUUUCGGGGUCAGUGCAACACAGCAGCUGGGCGACGAAGUGGCUGCGUCGACCGCUGCGGCAUUCACGAACGAACAGCAGCAGAGUGGGGCGGAGGUGGCGUCCAGCACUCAGCAUUUGCAAGAAGCCGCGUCGGAUAUCGCAUGCAUCGCAACGACACCGGUGGGUGGAGUAGCAAGGAGCAAGUCGAUGCGCAGGGAGCUCUCCGAGGUGGCUGAAGCUGACGAUGUCGAGCCUUGA